AAAUAAUUGUGAAUUUAAAACCAUUAUUCUUCCGCCCCUCUCCAUCAAACAGCGCCCCAACCCCUUACCUCACUCUUCUUCUCCGGCGACACUCCGGCACCACAGGCGUAAGGCAGCGACGACUGGAGCCCACACCCACGCAAACGCCCAGCUUUGUAGUCGACGACGGUCUACGUUCAAUCGGCAACUUGACUUGCAUUGUGAGCACGACUCAGAACCACUUCGCCUGGUUUUCGAAGCAUUGUUUUUUCUCCGUUUGAAACUCCAGCGAGAACAACAAGUUGUGCAUCACGUUUCCGACGGCUGGGUUUCUUGCAGCAGCAUUUUUGGCUUGGGGGACACCAAACAGCAAGGGUUAGAGCCUUCUUGAUUUGGCGAUGAGGAAGAAUGAUAAGAUGGGGCUGGGUCGGGCUCUUGUCAAGCAACAUAACCAAAUGAUCCAACAGUCUAAGGAGAAAGGUAGAUUCUACAAAUCUCAGCAGAAGAGGGUUUUGGAGUCGGUCACAGAGGUCAGUGACAUCGAUGCCGUUAUCCAACAAGCAGAUGAGGCAGAGCGCCUCUUUUCCAUUGAUAACCCUACUCCAAACUUUCUUAUCAACUUGGAUGGAAGUUCGAGUGUAAGUGAAACGACCCUUGUGGAAAGGAGAGAUCAACAAAAGAUAGAGGAGGCUUUGCAUGCUAGCAGUCUACGAGUUCCACGUAGGCCACCUUGGAAUGCUAGGAUGUCUGUGGAGGAACUUGAUGAUAAUGAACGUCAGUCUUUCUUAAUAUGGCGUCGGAGCCUUGCAAGGCUUGAGGGGAAUGAAAAUCUUGUUCUUACGCCAUUUGAGAAAAACUUAGAUAUAUGGAGACAGCUUUGGCGGGUUGUUGAGCGAUGUGAUUUGCUCGUGAUGGUGGUUGAUGCUCGAGACCCUUUAUUCUACCGUUGCCCUGACUUGGAGGCAUAUGCAAGAGAGGUUGAUCAGCACAAAAGGACAAUGCUUCUUGUUAACAAGGCCGAUCUGCUGCCUUACUCUGUCAGGAAGAAAUGGGCAGAAGUUUUCAAUCAGCAUGAGAUAUUUUACCUGUUUUGGUCUGCUAAAGCUGCUUCUGCCGCUCUGGAAGGGAGAAAACUUAGCAGCCGGUGGAAUACAAAUGAACACCAGAAUGGUGUGGAUGAUUCUGAUACAAAAAUAUAUGCUCGGGAUGAGCUUCUGUCUCGUUUACAGUAUGAGGCUGAACAGAUUGUCAAGAGGAGGGCAUCAAGCUCUAACUCUACUAGCGGGUCAGAUAAUCUUUCUCCAGGAGGAAGUAUGAAUGAGAAAUUGUCAGGUAGCGUCAUGGUGGGAUUUGUUGGGUAUCCAAAUGUGGGUAAGAGCUCAACAAUUAAUGCUUUAGUUGGCCAAAAACGAGCAGGAGUCACCUCCACUCCUGGGAAGACAAAGCACUUCCAAACAUUGAUUAUUUCUGACAAGCUUACGCUAUGUGAUUGCCCUGGUUUAGUGUUUCCUUCAUUUUCAAGCUCGAGAUAUGAAAUGAUUGCUUAUGGAGUAUUGCCUAUUGAUCGAAUGACGGAGCACAGAGAGGCUAUUCAGGUCGUUGCCAACCGAGUCCCAAGGCAUGUGAUUGAGGAUGUGUACAAGAUCACUUUGCCAAAACCAAAACCUUAUGAGCCACAGUCUCGACCCCCCCUAGCAUCAGAACUUUUAAAAGCGUAUUGCAUCUCUCGUAGUUAUGUUGCAUCUAGUGGGCUGCCUGAUGAAACUAGAGCUGCCCGCCAAAUUUUGAAGGAUUAUGUUGAUGGAAAGAUUCCCCACCAUGAAUUGCCCCCAGGAAUGCCCAAAGAGGAUCAUAUUCAGGAAGAAGAUGCUAGGACCCUCGAGCUCUCCGAUACACACGAUUCAGACUCAGAUGAUGUUGAGGACUCAAGCAGGGAUGGUGAAAGUGCCCCUGGUUUUGAACAGGUGGCUGACUAUCUUGAUUCAUUUGACAUAGCUAAUGGACUUGCCAAGUCAAGCGUCACCGAAAAGAAGCCCAAGGCAUCUCAUAAACAGCACAAGAAGCCACAGAGAAAAAAAGAUCGAUCGUGGCGGAUCGGAAAUGAUGGUGGCGAUGGUAUGCCUGCAGUGAGAGUCUUGCAAAAGCCAAUAAACUCAGGCACCCUGAAAGCAGUUCUAUGACGUUAGUUGAUGUAUCUACAUGAACUUUCAAGGCCGUGUCUUGCAUCUUAUUAAUUUAGAUACAUUCAAGGGAGGAGAAACAAGUUAGAAUGAAAAUACAAAUGGUAAAAUCGAGGAUGUGCAUUUUUCCUAACCUAAGCACAAACGUGUGGUGUAUAUUAUUACUGUUUUUUCAUGGGCUGUAAAAUUUAUUUCCAUAUGGAGGCCACUGUUAUUGUUCUUUUUGAAUGUUACCCACUUUUUGUAGGUUUUAUGUAAUCUCUAGCAAUCUUCUCUCUUUUCUUGGAAGAGAUGGGGAAGAGCAUUCCUUCCUUUUGAAGGGGAUUCUAAGAAUGAUGAGUAUCGGUGUUUUCAAUUUUUUUUUUAUAUCUAUUUUGAUCUUUGUUUAAUCUUAAA